CACCGCUGCCGCCUCCUUCUUCUGCCGCUCCUGGUGCUGCUUGUGUGCUCGUUCCGUGCGGACCUGGUACCUCUUUUGUGAAGCGGCAGCUGAGGAGACUCCGGCGCUCGCCAUGGCGGACGAAAAGCCCAAGGAAGGAGUCAAGACUGAGAACAACGAUCAUAUUAAUUUGAAGGUGGCGGGGCAGGAUGGUUCUGUGGUGCAGUUUAGGAUUAAGAGGCAUACACCACUUAGUAAACUAAUGAAAGCCUAUUGUGAACGACAGGGUUUGUCAAUGAGGCAGAUCAGAUUCCGAUUUGACGGGCAGCCAAUCAAUGAAACAGACACACCUGCACAGUUGGAGAUGGAAGAUGAAGAUACAAUUGAUGUAUUCCAGCAGCAGACAGGAGGUGUCUACUAG